CACACACACACACACACACACACAAACACAGUUAAAAUGCUCUCACCUCCCCUGUAUGACCCACUGAUUUACUUUCUCUACUGUAGACACACUUGGUGCUCUUCUCUGACUCUGACUCUGGAUGAUCAGCCCAGGUGACAUGUCGCACUCAGUCCUCCCGCCGGAGUUACAGAACGGCCAUGGAGUCGACUCCGAUCCCGACGACUCCGAACCCGAGGAUAUUUACCUGCGGGACAGGCGGAGGGCCAAGUCCUUACCUGCUUACCCCGAGCAGGCCAAUCUGUUUAGCCGUCUCUCUCAGUGCUGCAGGAAGAGGGUGAAGUUCGCCGACGCACUCGGCUUGAAUCUGGCCAGCGUGAGGCACUUCAGCAUCACCGAGGAUCCCCAUGUGCCCUCCGAGGUGUUCGCCGCGCUGCGCGCUCUGCCCGUGCAGCACGAACGGAACACUGCGGUGGAGAUGAGGCUCGCACCGGCGUACGAGAUGAGACUCGCGUCUGAAGUCACGGAGGCGCGCGCAAACCGCUGCAGGGUCGCCUUGGAGAGGGCCUCCGUGUCCGGCUGGGCCGUGCGCGGCGUCAUACGCGCAAAUGUCCUGGAUAACAGCGAGGCAGACGUCGGGGUGCGGUACACGUUCAACAACUGGGCGUCCUUCGCUGACGCGCCCGCACUGCCCGUGUCUGGAGAACGUGUGCGCGAAUGCCAGAGGUUCUCCUUCACUGUGCACACGCCUCCUUUCCUGGACCCGGGCGCGAGUGUGUACUUCGCCGUGUACAUGAGGACUGACCGCGGGGAAUUCUGGGACAAUAAUGACGGGCAGAACUUCUGUGUGCAGUGUGGACGCAUGCUGUGAACCCCAGGAGUAAAAUCAUACUCAACUGGACUGAAACAUUGCAAAUCACUGCACUUAGAGUUAUGUACUAGUUGGACAGAACUGGUUCACGCAAAGACAUCAGCAACAAUUAUUUAUAAUAGCCUGUUUUUAAUAACUAAUUUACAACAGAGAAUAUUUUUGACAGACAAGAGCUUGUGCCUGACUUGACCUUAAAGGCCCAGUAAGAUAUUUUCACAUAGUGUGGUUCUUUGUGUUCCAAUACAGUAACUGUAUAUAUUUAUCUACUAGCAGGUGUGGUGGGGCAUUUGAUUUCUGUGGUCAUAUGAGAUACACACUGUAUCUACCAUGGCACGAGUCACAUUCAAAUCUAACGCUGCAUUUGACUCACACUCUGAACGACUGACCUCCGACUAGAUAAAACCAAAGAAAAUCCUAAUCGUAACGUCUGGAAAGUCAAACCGAGCUUAGAAAGGGACGUGGUUCCACGCAGCAUCACCUGUAAUCAAAGUAGCACUUCUUUUACCUUUAAAUGAGUUCUAGUGUAUAUACAAGUCACUACAUUAGAUCGAUCGACAUACAGACAUAACACUGACGAAAGCACAGCUUCGAGGAGGUACAGAUACGUCACUCGUUGAAGUUAUAGCUGGCUAGAAUGUUGCUUAAAACCGUCGAGGCAUCCGAAUUCAUUUCCCACUUUUGUAGCUCGAACGUACAGAUCGAUGAUGUAAAUGAUGUAAAAAUGAUUCAAAUUUCAGAUAUCGUAAAUUACAGUUCAUUUGAAUGCAGGAUAAUUGAUGCCAAUGCCAUUUGUAGCUUCAGUGCGAACUGAUUAUUUUAAGUGAAUUGGUCAGCACUCUGCUACACAGAGAUCCUUUAGAUCAGACAGGCAACCUGUUAGAUAAGAUCUGAUAUCUGGUUUAGAUAAGUAAUAUUUUUUUCUUCAUGUCUCUAAAAAAAAUUGCAAAUACUGGGUUAAAAAGACUAACUUGGAUAAUGUUUUCGAGUGGGUCUCAGUAUCCCUGGUGUAGAACCACUUUCCUCUCAUAAACACGUUAAUUCAUUGCUUUAACAUUCUCCUAGCUGGUGACUGCAUCAACUUCUAUUCUUCAACACGGAUGUGUUCAGUGGAUUUCAUGGACCUCCAGUAAAGUGCACAAUUUUCUAUGAUGACCCCAUAGAAAAACAUACAUACAAAAAAUGUAUAUUAUGUAGUUUGACUAAAGGCUUUUUUUUCAUUGUAAAAUAUAGACAUCAAACAGCAACUUGUGCUCAGUUGUAUGGAUUUUAGCUAUUGAUUGUAACAUAACUUUUUAAGUUCACAAUACUACGCAUGCAUUUAAGUAACUAUAAUGGUAAUACAUGGAUAAAAGCUAAAAUAGAACAAACGUGCAAUUAAAAUGCUUGGAUUUCUGUCUA